UCUCAGUCUGCUGUGCUGUGUGCCGAGUCAUGGAGAUGAGUCACUGUGAUGAAUCAUUGUGAUGAGUCCCUCUUUAUAGCAGCAGUCUUGUGUUGUGUGGUGACUCUCGGUGGGUGGCAGCAGUCUACUGUGUUGUGCGUGAAUGUAUCAGUGUUCACAUCGGGCAGGCUGGUGUUCAGAUGGGCAAUGCCUGCUGGGAGCUGUACUGUCUGGAACAUGGCAUCCAGCCUGAUGGUCAGAUGCCCUCUGACAAGACUAUAGGAGGAGGUGAUGACUCCUUCAACACUUUCUUCAGUGAAACUUCCUCUGGCAAGCACGUCCCCAGGGCGGUCUUUGUGGACCUGGAACCUUCAGUCGUGGAUGAGGUUCGUGCUGGCACCUACCGUCAGUUGUUCCACCCAGAACAACUCAUCACAGGGAAGGAGGACGCUGCCAACAACUAUGCUCGUGGUCACUACACUAUUGGCAAGGAGAUUGUUGACCUCGUACUGGACAGGCUUCGCAAAAUCGCAGAUAUGUGCACUGGCCUCCAGGGCUUUUUGAUCUUCCACUCUUUUGGUGGUGGCACAGGCUCAGGCUUCACUUCCCUGCUGAUGGAACGACUUUCUGUUGACUAUGGCAAAAAGAGUAAAUUGGAAUUCUCUGUGUACCCGGCACCACAGGUUGCAACAGCAGUGGUGGAGCCUUAUAACUCUAUCUUAACUACCCACACCACCCUCGAGCACUCUGACUGUGCAUUCAUGGUCGACAACGAGGCCAUCUACGAUAUCUGUCGCAGGAACCUGGACAUAGAGCGGCCCUCAUACACCAACCUCAACCGACUUAUUGGCCAAAUCGUCUCCUCUAUUACAGCCUCACUCAGGUUUGACGGUGCUCUCAACGUUGACCUCACCGAGUUUCAGACCAACCUGGUGCCCUACCCACGCAUCCACUUCCCACUGGUCACUUACGCUCCGGUCAUCUCAGCAGAGAAAGCUUACCACGAGCAGCUAUCCGUCUCUGAGAUUACUAAUGCUUGUUUUGAACCAGCCAACCAGAUGGUGAAAUGUGACCCACGUCAUGGGAAGUACAUGGCUUGCUGCCUCUUGUAUCGUGGUGAUGUGGUGCCCAAAGAUGUUAAUGCUGCUAUUGCCACAAUCAAGACGAAACGCACAAUUCAGUUCGUAGACUGGUGUCCCACGGGCUUUAAGGUGGGCAUCAACUACCAGCCACCAACAAUAGUGCCCGGUGGUGACCUGGCCAAGGUGUCCAGAGCUGUGUGUAUGUUAUCUAAUACCACAGCUAUAGCUGAAGCUUGGGCACGUCUUGACCACAAAUUUGAUCUUAUGUACGCGAAGAGAGCUUUUGUACACUGGUACGUGGGUGAGGGUAUGGAGGAGGGGGAGUUCUCUGAGGCCCGCGAGGACCUGGCUGCCCUAGAGAAGGACUACGAGGAAGUUGGUGUUGAUUCUGCUGAUGGUGACGGAGAGUUAGAGGGAGAAGAGUACUGAAGAAGUUAUAUUCGACCUUCCAACACCUGCUGCCACUGUUCAUCUAGCUGGAAAUAUAUACAAACCCAGGAGUUGCUGGAUUGUUGUGGGUCGCAUCCUAGGGAGGACCUAAGAGUACCUUUGGGAAUAAGUCACACUGAUUUGGCUUUGUUGUACUAUUCUGGGGUAAUAACCCUCUGGGUUAAUAAUCCAAAAUCUUCUCCUUCUCCUCUUAAUGUUUUAAUUAACUGGAGAAAUAUUUUUACAUUACGGAAUAUACAGUGACCAAAAGUUUUAAAUUAUAAUUAUAAUUACAUUUAGUUUUAAUAUAUGAUCAUUUCACUUUUUGUCAAUAUCGCAUCAUUGUGUGAAGCCUUCCAGGUUAACUCGCAGUUUGUGUCUUAUUUGGUGAAACUGAAAAUAUAUGAUGGUACACCAUCCCGAAAUCA